AUGUCGCUCAUGGAACGCCUCAACGCGAUGGUCUGCGCGGGCAAGCCCAAGCAGAAAUGGCAAGAAACCAGAAGAGAGUCCGACACCCGUCGCAGAGGUAGUUACCCUGAAGUCGAGAAUAUGAUGCCGUCGUGCGCGUCUCGAUUCGACUGCAACCCCUUCGACCUCGUCACGUCGCGUCUUGGGAAACGAAACCCGUUCGGCUCGAAGGCGAACCCCCGGACGCAUGAGAUUUGGCUCUUCGACAACAUCGCGUGGGAGAAGAACGGGAAAUGGAAUGCCGAAUACAACGCCGCGUUUUUUUUGAAAGACAGUGGGAACCCGUCGAGCGAUAUCAUUGCUGCUAUUGCUGCGGCUGCUGGUGUUGGCCAGUCCGAUGUUAUCGACCAGCGCAUCGAACCGUUCUUGAAGACUAUCCAACCCGCCCGGUACACACGUACCAUGAUCGACAACCGGAUUUUCAAGUUAGGACCCAGUUCCCGCGAUGGCAUCAGUACGAACGUCGUUUCCGUACCAGACGCACACUCGAAUGGCGAUGUCGGCCGGUGGCAUACUGCAGAGUCUGGAUUUAAAGCGGAGGCGAAGACCAUGUUUGCGUCGAAAAAGGGUUGGGCCAUUAUCAGCGACAUAGAUGAUACCAUCAAAGUCACCCAGACUGACGAUGCCGUUGGAGUCGUCAGGAAGACUUUUGCCGAGAGGUUUCAGGCAAUUAAAGGGAUGGGUCCGCUCUACGAAGACAUGAGAUGGCGUCUCAACGAUCCUCCUUUCUGGUAUUUGUCCGCCUCGCCAUACAAUCUGUAUCCGGUUCUGCGCGAGUUCCGAGAGCGAAACUUUCCUUUCGGCGAACUCAUCCUGCGAGAAGCCUCCUGGCUGACCCUAGCGGGCAUUCUCGGCAAUCUGACCGAAGGUACCCAGCCCUACAAAGUCAGCCGCAUAGACCAGAUCCAUGCUCAGUUUCCGGAACGUACUUUCAUCCUCAUUGGAGAUAGUACUCAAGGCGAUCCAGAGGCCUAUGGCGAAGUCUACCGAAAGUACCCCGGCUGGGUACGAAUGAUCUUCAUCCGCAAAGUCACGGGCAUUGCUCAUAUGGACGAAGACGACAAGAACAGAGAUCGGCGGUUUGAGGAUGCGUUCAAGAAUAUCCCGAGGGCACACUGGCAUGUAUUCACGGAUCCAGAGGAGAUCCACCAGAUCCAUCCAUUUACAGCCUUCGUCAACAUACAUUCCGUCCAACUUGCAAUCAUGGCUCCAGCUGCUGGCGGAAAGAAGCAAAAGAAGAAGUGGUCGAAGGGCAAAGUCAAGGACAAGGCCAACCACGCCGUCAUCCUCGAUAAAUCCACCAACGAGAAACUCCAGAAGGAUGUCCAGUCAUACCGCCUCAUCACCGUUGCUACCCUCGUCGAUCGUCUGAAGAUCAAUGGCUCCCUCGCACGGGCAGCGUUGAAAGAUUUGGAGGACAAGGGAAUCAUCAAGCCAAUCGUCACCCACAGCAAGAUGAAGGUCUACACUCGGGCAGUUGGCGCUACGGAGUAA